AUGGAAGCCAACAAUGAAGAAAUCAACUGGAAUUCUUUCCGAACUGCAUUUCUGGAGAAGUAUUUUCCAACUAGUGCUCGGGAUGAGCGAGAGGCACAGUUCCUGACACUUCGCCAAGGAAACAUGUCUGUACCUGAAUUUGCUGCUAAAUUGGAGUCUUUGGCUAAGUAUUUCCAAUUUUUCCAUGAUCAUGUGGAUGAACGCUACAUGUGUAAGCGUUUUGUCAAUGGACUGAGGCUGGAUAUUGAGGAUUCUGUGAGGCCACUGGGAAUCAUGCUGAGAUCAGGUUCUCAAAAUUACCAAGGAAAAGGGAGAUUUCAGAACAAGAAACCAUAUCAACGCCCUGCUGGAAGAGGGUUUACCUCAGGAUCUUACAGACCUAUGGCCGGUACUGCUGGAGGUUCUGGAGAUCAGGCUGUGAACAGGAAUGUAAAUUGUUUCAAGUGCGGAAAGCUGGGGCACUAUGCUAAUGCGUGUACAGACGCGAGGCCUAAGUGCUUUAAUUGUGACAAGUUUGGGCACACUGCCAGUCAGUGUAGGGCACCCAAGACUGAACCGUCUGUCAACACUACUAGAGGAAAGCGUCCUGCGGCCAAAGCAAGAGUGUAUACCAUGGAUGGUGAAGAGGCUGAAGGAGUUGAUGGUCUAAUCAGAGGAAAUUGCGAGAUUGACGGUUCGUUUGAAGAACUUUGUGAAGUUCAAGAGGGAGAUUGUAAGGAAAGCUUUGAGAAGCAAGCUGGAAAACCAACCGGUGAGGGUUUCUCACUGAAUACUAGAUAA